AUGUACUCCGGACCUCUCGAUUACACGGACAACCGUGGAUUAUUGAGUUUACACAAUUGUGCAGAGGCAGAAGGUGCUAUACACAUUCGUCGUUUCGAAUUUCAAGUGCGCAUUCAGAACGCACCUGUCUGGCAUAUCGUAAUAAAACUUGUAUGA